UAAGUUGCACCACAACCAGCCGCCCGCCAGUGUCUCGUGCCUUCACGCUCAUUAGCUACAAGCCAGCUGUACGGGAUCUGUAGAAACGGGAUGUUAGCGCUACCGGGAGGAUGAACUCCACUGAAGACGUAACGCUGGCAGUCAUGCCCCGCGAGCUCACCCAGAACCCGCUGCGGAAGAUCUGGAUGCCGUGUAAGAACGGUCUUCCGGAUAAACACAUUUCUCAGAGGAGAGUAUGCAUGACCAACUGUCCUACCCUCAUUGUGACUGUGGGAUUGCCGGCCAGGGGAAAAACCUACAUUUCUAAGAAACUCACUCGCUACCUCAACUGGAUUGGUGUACCGACUAAAGAGUUUAAUGUUGGGCAGUAUCGGAGGGAGUGCGUGAAAAUAUACAAGAACUUCGAGUUCUUCCGCCCUGACAAUGAAGAGGGGCUAAAGAUCAGGAAGCAGUGUGCUCUGACUGCGCUGAACGAUGUCAGACAGUACCUCAGUGUGGAAGGAGGACAAGUGGCUGUAUUUGAUGCCACUAACACUACAAGAGAGAGGAGGGGGAUGAUUAUGAGGUUUGCAGAGCAAAAUGGCUACAAGGUGUUUUUUGUGGAGUCUGUUUGUGAAGACCCUGAAGUUAUUGCCCAGAACAUUGUACAGGUGAAGUUGGGCAGUCCAGACUACAUUGACUGCAACACUGAAGAGGCCGUUCAGGACUUCAUGAAGAGGAUCAAAUGUUAUGAAAACUCUUAUCAGCCACUGGAUGAGAUUUUAGACAGGGAGCUGUCCUACAUUAAAGUGAUGGAUGUGGGUCGACGAUAUUUAGUAAAUCGUGUGCAGGAUCACAUUCAGAGCCGGAUUGUGUAUUACCUGAUGAACAUCCACAUCACUCCACGCUCCAUCUACCUCUGUCGACACGGAGAGAGCGAUCUUAACAUCAGAGGACGCAUUGGUGGGGAUUCAGGCCUGUCAACCCGAGGGAAAGAGUUUGCACAUUGUCUAGGAAAAUUCAUUCAGGAUCAGAAUAUAAAAGAUCUGAAAGUUUGGACCAGUCAGAUGAAACGAACCAUCCAAACAGCCGAGGCUCUGGGUGUUCAGUAUGAACAGUGGAAAGCUCUCAAUGAAAUUGAUGCUGGAGUAUGUGAAGAGAUGAGGUAUGAAGAGAUCCAGGAACAUUACCCACUGGAGUUUGCUCUGCGUGACCAGGACAAGUAUCGCUACCGUUACCCUAAAGGAGAGUCGUAUGAGGACCUGGUACAGCGUCUGGAGCCGGUGAUCAUGGAGUUGGAAAGGCAGGAGAAUGUUCUGGUCAUCUGCCACCAGGCUGUGAUGCGCUGCCUUCUCGCUUACUUCUUGGACAAAAGCGCAGAUGAGUUGCCUUAUCUGAAAUGUCCCCUACACACCGUGCUGAAGCUGACCCCAGUGGCUUAUGGAUGUAAAGUACAGUCCAUCUAUCUCAAUGUGGAGGCAGUGAACACCCACAGGGACAAACCCGAGAAUGUCAAUAUUUCCCGUCUGUCGGAGGAAGCUCUUUUCACAGUCCCGGCCCACCAGUAACCCACAUAUCUCAGACACCGCACACAGCCGUCAGACACCAGACCCUCUUCACCUGAUCAGCACUCCUGCUUCAUUAGUCUUAUUUUGUAGAUCUUUUUUGUUGUUGUUGAUCCUGAAGCAUACAGAAUAUGCAUGAUUUGAUUAUUUUUUCUUAUUAGUGUUAAAAGUGAUGACUGGAAUCCAGUUCUUUGAGUAUAAACCCUAGUUUUGCGGGGUGAGUGUGUUUACAUGAGUGUCAUUUUGCAAACUUAAUGCCAGUGCAGAAUGGAUGUGAAGAUCAUUUUUGGGGACAAAAGUUUUCUAUUUUUUUUUCCCAAUAUAUUUUGUUUCCAAGAUUUUUUUUCUUAAGUAUUGUUGUUUUUGUUUUGUUUUUUCUUUGACUGAUUUCAUACAUUCCUUGAAGAAAUAUUGUACGUCCCUCUUGGGAAGACUUGUGUACUAUUUCUAUUUGUUAAUAGCACUUUCUUACCUUUUUGUUUCUUUCCUUUUCUUGUCUUUUUUUGGUAAUGGUGAUGUUGGUGGCGAUGGUGGGGGUAUAGUGAAAUACACUGUGCAACACAAACCAAAGUCUAUUGAAGACUUCUAUAAGCUCAGUAAGUUUUAUUCAUUCCUCUAUUCAGUCUAAAUUAAUAUUUAAAUCCCAAAGAGCAAAAAAAAAAAAAAAAAUAAAAAUAAGCAGUUGAGGCUAAAUGUGCUGAUUUCACGUUUUAGCAAGCCACCGUAAAAGUGUAUUGGUCAGAUUUUGACCGGUGGCUGGUAUUUAAAGUAAUGCUAAUUUGGUUAAAGGGUUUGCUGGUAUGUGGCGCUAGUGUUGCUAAUAGUAAUUGUUUCCUGGAAGUUGUGUAUCUUUUUAUGUUUUCUUUGAAAUCUCAUUAGAACAGUAUGUAAAAAUGAUUUUCAAUGUUUAACCAACUUUAUUAAUGUCUUACUGAACCUUCAACUGGUGUAGAAUUUUAAAUCAUCUCUAACUUUUUUUUCUGCAAUCGAUAAAAAAAAAAUCAGAUUGCAUAAUAUUUCAGUAACAUCAGAAUGUGAUGUGAAUGUGGCUCCAUUUUCUACUCCAGUAAUUUCAUACUGCACAGAUGAAUGCAAUAUAUUUAUUUCAUGAGCACUUUUCAUUGUAAGCAGAAAGAAAUGGGAGAGCCUAGUGUUCUGUGUCAAUGUGUAAAUACCUGUAAAUCUGUGAAUAUUUAUAAAGUGAUUCUCAGCAGAUAACAGUAGCAUGCAUUAACUGCUGUUAGAUUAAUGCCUGGAUACACUAAGCUGAUACUGUCAUAAUGUUUAAAAUAUGCUACUGGUGAUCCCACACCUGUGUGCUGUUCAAAAUCAUUCAACGUGUGACUGCACUUUUACAUAAGUUAAACAUUUGUGUUGAACAGAAAAAUAAAAACAGCUUGGUUUCUGCUGUUGCCUCUACAGAGGUGCAUGAAUCACUCCAGAAUCUCUCAUAGUGAAGAUGAUCAAAGUGAAUCUUUGAACAAAAAUAACAUACAUUUCUACUGUUCAUCUUUGCUAUGUCACUCAAUCUGUUAGUCUCAAUUAUAUUAAUUAUUGUGUAAUUUUCUUAAUCCAGAGUUUAGACGCACAAUUUGUUUAAGCGAUUUUAGUCUUUGGUCCAGUUUUCAAAAGAAAAAGACUUAUAUCUGUUCAGUUUUCAAAGUAGAUGUGAUUAAACUGGUCCAUGCGAAACAUACUACUCUUUAUAUUCAUUUGUUUGUAUUAUAUUUUUGUGUAAAGUAUUUUUGCGUUGUUAAGUGCUAAUGUUCAAGUUCUGAUUAAAAAACACUCAUGAUACACAA